AUGCCCAAACCACAGCGUCGCGGGCACUCACCACACCGGGUCCCUUCGAGGCCGAUCUCGAGGGAGUCAUCUGUAGUGCAGCCGUCGUCCGUCUUGGACGACUGCGACUGCGAUUCCAAUAUGUCGACAUCACGACCCCCCAGCCUGGCUUUGAUGCCACCAUCCUCGGCAUGCUCAAAUUCGGCCUCGCCUCCACCAUUACGAGACAUCCUCACCAACGCUGCAGCACCACCUUACACGCUGAGCGCCUUCACAGCUUUCUUGUCUCAAAACCAUUGCAUGGAAACCCUGGAGUUUACCAUGGAUGCGGAUCGCUACACGACCGUGUACUUCAACUGCGCCAGGGAACAGGCCCUCGGAUUUGAAAACGGCAUCGAGCACGUCGCCUCCCUUUGGCAAAAGAUCAUCAGUGCCUACAUCGUCCCCUACGGCCACCGAGAGGUCAACCUCCCGGCACACGUUCGAGAUCGGCUUCUCUCGCUCCCUAACACGCCCAUCCCGCCCCACCCGUCAGAGCUAGAUGAGGCAGUGAGGAUUGUGUACGAGCUCAUGAACGACUCAGUGCUAGGGCCUUUCCUUGCAUCCGUUGCGGUCCACCAUGAAUGGGCUGAGGAGAACCCCGAAGACCCCAGACAUGUGCGGACACGGCUUCGCAUUCCCAGGGAAUUCUCCCAAUCCUCCGACGAUUCUGGCCGAUCGCCGAGGGUUGGCUUCCUCCCGAUGCUCAACAUGGCAUGGACCAGCGAACCUAAAAGCUCGGCGUCGUCGUCUAACGAGUCCGCCGACCGUGGUCUCACGGACGGCAGUGCGAACACACCUUCACCAGGUGCGAACGAGCCGAUGACACCGCCCACAACACCACCGGUUUCGGACUGGGAAUUCAACACGUCGCCCGGCGGUCUUGUGAAGUCCCCCAACGGCCACAGCAGUAGCUGGAAGAAGAUGAGCGCUAAGCUGGCUCGAGUCGUGCCGAUCCCUGAUGACGACGUUACCAUUCCCUCCGGAUGUGCCCCGUCGGUGAAGCCCCGCACCGUCACCGAUGAAGCACAGUCUGAGAAACCGUCGCCCCGUACCUCGGGCGACUGGGAGGAACCACACCCAGGGCAGCGCUACUCGAUCGCCACCAAGGGGACCGAGCGCCCAAGUGUCAGUGUCAACACUCAUGGUAACGGAGUCGUCAAGGUCGGCAUGGCCGCAAAAGCCUAUUCGCCAUAUUACGCCCGUGCGUGGUCAUCGUCAUCAUCAUCCGCGCCCACCGCUGCCCGGCGGUUCGCGCCGGUACGCCUGCGCAAUUCCUCGCAUCGCCCGAGCAAGCUUCCGCACAACAGCUCGAAGACGCCCACCUACACGACGAACACAGACUGUAGUACUCCGACUAACACCAGCCCGACCCUUUCGGUCCCACGGCCGAAUCAUGCGCCUACUCCCAGCCCGCUCUGCGGAUGCCCUCUCUACCUAAACAGAAUCGCCUCGUCCAGCCCCAAGCCACCCUCCCCCGCUACCACCGUGGCGGAGACACCUUCUUCUCCAUCUUCCUCUUCAGCAGCCACCGACGACCGCAUGUCUCUGACCGACUUUUCCGGUUUUCUCCGGCCAGCGCUGACCACCACCACGACUGCAACCACGACGUCCAGCGUAGACACCGGUUCGUGUAUGUCGGUCGAUGUCAUGGAGAAGCCUGCCGUCUGCCCUGCGACAGCUGACGACCUGAUGGCGGAUCCGGAUCCGUAUGGCUGGGAAGCGGAGCUAGAGAAGCGUGUCACCCCACCUACCUGUGAACCGGGCGGCGUUGGUUUGGGACUCGGCUUGGGUUGUCCAGGAGCAGUGGAAAGCGAGCCCGACUACAACCCUGUGCUGCAGUACCGGCGGGCGGGCGGGCAGAAGAAGACGUUGCUACAGCGGGUAUUGAGUUUUGGUGGACCUGGGACUGCGAACCAUGGUUAUGGUCGGGAGUGA